UGGUCAGUAAUUUCUUUGGUCAGUUUAAUGGUCAGUGAGUUUAGUGGUCAAUGAGUUUACUGGUCCCCAAAUGUAGUGAUUAGUACAAUUUAAUGGUCAAUGAGUUUAAUGGUCAGUGAGUUUAGUGGUCAGUACACUUUGUGGUCAGUGAGUUUAGAAAGUUGCCAUUUUAGUGGUCCAUAUUUUUCAGUGGUGAUUGAGUUUAAUGGUCGGUGAGUUUGGUGGUCAGUAAUUUCAGUGGUCAGUGAGUUUGGUGGUUGAUCAUUUUAGUGGUCCAUAUUUUUAGUGGUCAUUGAGUUUAAUGUUCAGUGAGUGCUGUACUGGAGCUGCAGGUGGGCUGAAGGUGGAAGUUCCUCUGGUUCUUCAGGUUUGGAACAAUGAGGCUUGGUGAUGUCAUGUCUCGGACUCCACCCCCUCUGAUGGAGGAGGAGUUCAGGAGAGACAUCACCGACCACAGAACUCAGAACCACCUCCACUCACAGGCAGCGCUCCACUCGGACUGGACGUCACACCUUCAGAGGAGCAUCCCCGUCCCUCUGACUGUGAACAGCAGGUUUUCAGUCUCAGCGAGGCGUUUAUUCAUAUCAUCAUCGUCAUUAAUUAAGUCGUGAUUAAGUGAUUAAGUGCGCGAUGAACCCGGCGGUGGAGGUGAUGGCGUUCUUCCUGGGGUUCUCCGGCUGGGUGAUGUCCGGCAUCUCCAUCCCCAACAAGUUCUGGCGGGUCGCGGAGAUGGAGGGCAACGUCAUCACUGCCUCCACCGUCUACGAGAACCUGUGGAUGUCCUGCAUGGUCGACUCCACUGGCGUCCACAACUGCCAGGAGUUCCCCUCCAUGCUCGGACUGUCCGGUUACGUUCAGGCCUCUCGAGCGCUCAUGAUCGCAUCUAUCGUGAUGGGAACGUUCGGGCUGAUCGCCACGCUGGUGGGAAUGCAGUGCUCCAAAAUAGGAGGAGAGAAUUACGUCCUGAAGGGAAGAAUCGCUGCUCUGGGGGGAGUCUUCUUUAUCCUGCAGGGUCUGUGCACCAUGAUCGCCGUGUCCUGGUACGCCUUCAACAUCACUCAGGAGUUCUUCGACCCCCUCUAUCCUGGAACGAAGUUCGAGAUCGGUGAAGGUCUGUAUAUCGGCUGGUGUUCAGCCACGCUGGCUCUGUUCGGGGGGAGCUGUUUACUGUGCACGUGCGGGAUGACCAGCAAAGAGGAGAAACGGCCGUACUCUUACCGAGUUCCCACCAGAGGGACACCUUACAGCACCUCCAUCACCUCCCAGUCACCCAACCACUACGGCCGAAACGCCUACGUGUAACUCGACAUGGCCGUUGUCAUGACAACAUAGUCCCAUAAACCCAUGCAUGUUGUAAUGGAGUUUACUAGAUCAAAAGGACAAACUGUCCCACGUGAGGACGAGGAGACGACAGCUGGACUAAAGGCAGGUGAUAUGGUGAGAGAUCACGACGUCACGACACCUGAAGACACUUACAACACGAUACGCAUCACCGAUUCUGAUGGAUCAGAAAACCAGCAGCGCUACUUUAAACCACACUAACACGGCACCGAUAACAGCAGUGACUAAGAGAUGAUGUCAUAACGAGCUGCCGGCCAAUCAGCUGCUCUGUUACUGCGCAGUGAUGCGGUUUACAGUGUAAUUAGUCUUUAUGACGACAGACGUGCCGAUUAUUCCCGAAUAUCACCAUCAAAUUUAGCACAAUAACAGUGACAUCAUCACAUCGCCCAGCACACCGCAGAACCAUCACUGAAGGUGAAGAGUUCCUGCGCUAGAUAAGGAGAACCACCACGUUUCAGCUGUGAAAGAACUGAACAAGAUCACAGAUCUGUUUUGUCCAAAUGAAACUCAUGUAAUAAAAAUUAUUAUUGUAAUAAAUAACAAAUGUCAUAAACUGGCUUUGAGAAGACAGGAGGAAAUCUAUACUAAAGAAAUCAGAGAUCAAUAAGUUAUUAAUUCUGUAUGUAUUUUUCUGGUUAUGAGGAAACAAUCCUGAAGAUCGCUGCACAAAAUUUAAUGUACAUUAAUAAAUAAACUGUUUUUGAAGAACA